AUGUACGGGAAAAAAUCUUGGGGCGGCGAUAUCAACCCGUUCAUCUUGUUGAAGAUGGAGGCCGUUAAGGACAAGAAGGACCCGAUUAUGAGCUUGGCUAUAUUCGAAUGGAAAGAUGAAUCUUUGAUUGGACGUGACUUGACAGCGAAGGACGGAUCGAUACAAAAAAAGCUGAUAUGCGGGCCCCCGAGUGUUGAAGCGAAGCUCUGCACCGAAAAGGAAAUUGGCUCCUUUAUCCUCGCACCAAACGCCACCGAGAAAGCAAAGUCCCCUCUCAUUUCCCUUGCCAUAAAUAUGACCAACCCCAAGCCAAUAAAAUACCCAGUAUCGAAGACUGGAUUCUAUUGUGUUACUACGUAUCCCUAUACGGACAUGGAAUACGAAGGAGUUGUGACCUUCAGAAACGCCUACGGAGAACUACCCGCGACGCAGGUUCCGAAAUUGGCAUUUUACGGUGGAUUAACUAUAUUAUAUGCUCUGAUGGGAGUGUAUGUUUUUCUGGUUAUCACGAAGUUCAAAUUUCGGCCCCUUAUUAACACAUUUCGCCUAGAUUCUGGGGAUUCCUCUAUGCCCAGCACCGUCAUGAUAUCCGUGAACUACCAAAACCGAUACGGUGCGAAUGCUGUUUGCAAAGUUCUAAUGGUAAUUGUGUCUAUCUUAAGCGCUGGACGCAACUCGUUCUCGUUUUUCCUACUGCUCAUUGUCUGCAUGGGUUAUGGAGUUGUGAAACCAUCCCUCGGUCGAACCAUGAUUUACGUCCGUAUUCUUGCCAUUACUCACUUCGUCUUUGGAGUCAUCUAUUCUGUCGCCAGUCUCUCUAUUACUCCAGAUAGCGCCGGCCCACUGGUCCUUUUAGUUGUUCUUCCGCUCGCAGGCUCACUGACCGCAUUUUACGUCUGGACCCUUAACUCCCUGAGCGCUACCAUGAAGGACCUCGUCAGCAGGAAGCAACAUGUGAAGGCAAUGAUGUAUAAGAAACUUUGGUGGUGCCUUCUGGGUAGCAUAAUCGUUAUCUUUGCAUUCUUCUUCAUCAACUCGUUUGUUUUUGCCAGCACAAAUGUGUCUGAUUUGAUUCCUGCCCAGUGGAAGAGCAGAUGGUUUGUUUUGGAUGGCUGGCUUAACAUUGUCUAUCUGUUCAACAUAGCAUACAUAUCAUACCUAUGGAGGCCCACUGCCAACAAUAAACGGUUCGCUAUGAGUGACGAGCUUGCCCAAGACGAUGACGGCUUUGAAAUCCGCUCCGUUACCAGCUCGUUGGAUGAGGAAGAUGCUGUUGAGAAUCCAAGCGGGCGUGGCACCAGCAGGUCUCCUGCCGGUACAAAGGCAAAUACCGGCUCUCAAGCUCGCCAUUCCCUGGAUGGUGAGACUAUAUUCGCCGUUGGAGAGGACAUGGAUAGAUGGUCUGAUGACGACGUGUCUCCGAGGAACUCAACUGAUAGGAAGAAGCUGAUACGCAAAGAUGACUAA